UUCCGAGGCGACACCGGCAAGGCCGCACUCUUCACCGAAGCAGACAACGUCGUACUCGCCAAGAUGUCCGUGAUGCUCAUGCACUCGGGUGCCUACCGCGUCCAGAAGGCCGCCUGCGCCGUGUGCGCCGGACCGCUCGGCUGGAAGUUCGUGCGCGCGACCGAGCAGACCGAGAAGUGGAAGGAGGGCUUCAUCGUGCUCGAGCUGGCGCUGCUC